CCGGUGAAAGCCGAAGCGCCGUUCCCCUCCCGUCCUUAAAGCCCGAGAGGGAAGCGACGAAGAGGAGGCGAGGGCGAGCGUCCGCUCCGGAAGUGACGUCGCAAAACUAGAGCGAGCGUGUGUUCUCCAGGAACGGUUGCCGGUAGCAACGGGUACGGUUGCCACCUCCAGGUGAUGGCCGCCAACGGGGCGGCCGUGGAGGAGGAAGCGGCCCUCGACCCCUGCUCAGCCCUGCGGCUGGUGGCCGCCGCCGCCUGGCACACGGUCCGGGAGCACCGGAUCCAGGACUUCUCCCGCGUGUUGAGACUGUUGGAGGCCGUGGAGGAUGCGGCCCCCGAGCUGGUUCACUACCGGCACCUGGCCAAGUUGCGUCUCGGCCUCCAGGCCAAGGUGAUAAUGAACAUGCUGAGGGAGGCAGAGUCAGACGGCAAGAUCUACGAUGCUAUCGAUACAUACUUUCCGGAGCGAGAGCCACCCCCCCACCCCAAAGCCACCGCUCAUGAUUUGAAAUUAGUGCGGGUGGCCCGGGAGAACUUCCGGGAUCUGGUCCUGGGACUGCUGAGUGACCAAAGACAACGGGAGACAUACGUGCAGAAGCACUUGGAAAACGACUAUGGGGAAACCUUCCAAAGCGUAGUGGAGGAGCUCUUCUACGAUUACCUGUGGCAGCUGGAGAGCACACUGCCCAAGCCCCGUUUCCAGCAGCUGCUGAAGGCCGCUCACACGCCGGAUCCCGGCCAGUCUUCCCCCGAUCCCAGUAUCCUGUGCAGAUACCUCUCAGACAUGGGGUACCAGACCACAGAGUUCUCCACACCUCCGUGCUGUCCCGGCCAGUCCAGGCCCGUGUACCAGAGCGAGGACAAUCAGCAGCAGCAGCCAGGGACAUCCGAAUCCAGGCAACCGCUGAACCCGCACAGGAGCAGAAGAAAGAGGAGCUGCCCGCCCUGUGCGCCGGAACUGGAUUCCCCGGGGAACCACACAGGCCUCCGGUUGCCAGGCGACCACGAGACAGGUGAACCUGACGACAUCGUGGCCGAUUCAAGUGGCGAAAGGGAGAACUCCCCUUUCAAGAAGCAGAGCGAGUACCACUGCACCCGCCACAACACCCUCAUCCCGACUUUCCGCGACCACCUGGUGGACACCGAGAGCGAGUGAGUGGUCCUCCGCAGCCGGGGACCCCUGAACACUCGGUUGACCAACAACCCCUUGACCAAGAGGUCCCUUUUCUUCUUCCUCUCCCUCCCUCCAAAGACCCGAUGCUUUCUCAGACGGGGAGACUCCAGCCGAGACCUGACUGCCCCCUCUCCCUCCUCCUCCUCCGCGCAACCCGCACACAGCUGGGCCAGCCGCCCGAGGUCACGU